UGCUGGAGGGAGACAACUGCGUGUUUGACGGGAUGAUUUACCGCAACGGGGAGACGUUCCAGCCCAGCUGCAAGUACCAGUGCACCUGCCGAGAUGGACAGAUCGGCUGCCUGCCCCGCUGUAACCUGGACCUGCUGCUCCCCGGCCCCGACUGCCCUUUCCCCAGAAAAAUCGAAGUCCCUGGAGAGUGCUGUGAGAAGUGGAUCUGUGACCCUAAAGAUGAAGUGAUUUUGGGAGCCUACAGACAAGAGGCCACACUCGGGAUCGACGUGUCGGAUUCAAGUGCCAAUUGUAUUGAGCAGACGACAGAAUGGAGUGCUUGUUCCAAAAGUUGCGGAAUGGGCUUUUCCACUCGUGUUACCAACAGAAAUCAGCAGUGUGAGAUGGUGAAGCAGACACGGCUUUGCAUGAUAAGACCUUGUGAAAAUGAAGAGCCGUCUGACAAGAAAGGGAAGAAAUGUGUCCGAACAAAGAAGCCCCUGAAGGCUGUUCGCUUUGAACACAAGAACUGCACCAGCGUGCAGACGUACAAACCUCGUUACUGUGGCCUCUGCAGUGAUGGGCGAUGCUGCACCCCACACAACACCAAAACGAUUCAAGUUGAGUUCCGCUGUCCUCAGGGCAAAGUCCUAAAAAAGCCAAUGAUGUUGAUCAACACCUGUGUCUGCCAUAAUAACUGUCCUCAGAGUAACAAUGCUUUCUUCCAGCCGUUGGAUCUGACGUCUAGUGAAUCAAAAAUAUGA